CGCAUCAAAAGCCAAAUUUUUAAAUUGAAGGUGACUAUCAACAUUGGAUUGAGUAGCCAAACAUAUUUCUUAUCAAGGCAAGUUCACAGUAACCAUAGAUUAAUUGUAACUCAUUAAUACUCACUAACUUGUUAUUGUAUGAUAAUUGAAAAUUGUUGUACUUACACCAAAAUUUCCAUGAACCAUCAUUCUGAGUUUUGGAAGUACAAGUCGUCUUCUUCAUAGAGCUGUAAGUUAACAACUCUGUUUAAUUAGCAAUGACGUACUCAGAGUGAGGAAUUAACAGAGAAGAAUGGAAAAGAAGGAAAUAGAAGACAUGCACACAACAAUUUUAACGCUAAUCUACAGCUACUUCACGUCUCAAGUAUAGUACCGACUAUUCAUCGACUCAUUUUGUUUGUUUUUAUUGCCUUUCAAACAAUUGAAAGAAAAUCUGAUUACAUGACUCCAGAAUGCUGAUAAAACACUAAACCCGAAUCCCAAAACCAUCCUUGCUUGAUUUGAGUCAUUAAUGUCUCUCGCGAUUAGUACAAUCAGCAAUUCCGAAUUCCCUCUUUUCUUUCAACUGUAAGUAAUUUGGCGGAAGAAUGGAAUUGGGAUCAAUCUGCUUCUUAAUCAGAACCACUCACCUCUGCAUGGAUGCAUGUUUCUCUGAAACUCCAAAGACACCUGCCCUUCGUUGUCCUUAUUACGUGUUAGAAAAGGGAGGUCAUGCAGCCAUGCAAAGUGAAGAAUGGCGGAACAAGGCUUCCCCUUCGCUUCUUAUGUGGCGAUCAUUCACCGCCCUCUCCUCCGCUAUAAAUACAUCCAUCAUCACUUCACCAAAACACCACCAGUUGCUCAUCCCAAUACUCACCACCAUGGCAAAGUCUAGCACUGUCCUUCUCUGCCUUUCACUCUGCCUUUUCGCAGUUCUGUCCCACACUUGUGAGGGUAGGCAGCAAUGGCAGCAGCAGGGAAACGAGUGCCAGCUAGACAGGAUCAACGCAAUCGAGCCGGACAACCGCAUCCAGAGUGAAGCCGGUACCAUCGAGACCUGGAAUCCAAGCCGUGAGCAGUUCCAGUGCGCUGGAGUGGCCAUUGUGAGGCGCACGAUCGAGCCCAACGGCCUCCUCUUGCCUUCCUACAGCAACACUCCUCAGCUCGUCUACAUCGUUCAAGGAAGGGGCCACACUGGAAUCAUGUUCCCAGGAUGCCCCGAGACGUUCGAGGAACCCCAGCAGCAGGGAGGGCAACAACAGUUCCAAACCGGCGGCAGCGCCCAAGAUCAGCACCAGAAGAUCCGCACCUUCCGAGAAGGUGACAUCAUCGCCAUCCCUGCCGGCGUGGCCCACUGGUGCCACAACGACGGCAACGAACCCGUCAUUGCUGUCACCGUCCACGACACUUCCAGCCACCUCAACCAGCUCGACAACAACCCCAGGAAUUUCUACCUGGCCGGGAACCCUGAAGACGAGUUCCAGCAAUCGCAGCAAGGCGGAAGGCUGAGCCGCGGCCAGGACGAGAGGCGGAAGAGGCGCCAAGGAGGCUCCACCACCUGCAACAACCUCUUCUGCGGAAUGGACUCCAGCUUCAUCGCCGAGGCUUUCAACAUCGACGAGAACCUGGCGAGGAAGCUCCAGGGCGAGAACGACAACCGAGGCAGCAUCAUCCGAAUCGAAGGGCAGCUGGAGUUCGUGAGACCUCCGAGGAGGGCUCAGGAGGAGAGGCAGGAGCAGGGCGGCGGCCGCUACCAGCUUGCCAACGGCGUGGAAGAGACCUUCUGCUCGAUGAGGCUGAAGGAGAACAUCGGCGAUCCCUCACGCGCCGACAUCUUCACCCCUGAAGCCGGGCGCAUCACCACCGUCAACAGCCACAACCUCCCCGUCCUCCGCUGGAUCCAGAUGAGCGCCGAGAGGGGCGUCCUUUACAACGAAGCCAUGCGGCUGCCGCACUGGAACCUGAACGCGCACAGCAUAAUCUACGCCAUCCGAGGGCAGGCCAGAGUCCAGAUCGUGAACGAGAACGGGAACUCGGUGUUCGACGGCGAGCUGAGGGAAGGGCAGGUGCUGACGGUGCCCCAGAACUUCGCGGUGGUGAAGCGCUGCGAGAGCGACAGGUUCGAGUGGGUGUCGUUCAAGACCAACGACAACGCCAUGGUGAACUCGAUCGCGGGGCGGACCUCGGCCAUCAGGGCCAUCCCUGCCGACGUUCUGGCGAACGCUUGGAGGGUGUCGCCGGAGGAAGCGAGGAGGCUCAAGUUCAACCGCCAGGAGACUCACUUGGCCAGCUCCAGGUCCCAGUCCAAGGGGUGGACGGGGAGGAAUGUGGUGAAGGAGUUGGUCAAGGACCUCCUCAUGUAAUGUAAGCUUUCAGACCUUGCCCUGCAGGCUGCAGCUGCAGCUGCAGAGAUGAAGGAACAAAACGCGGGACAAUUGGGAUAGAUAGAUAACAAUGUCUCCGUUUUUCGUUUCCCCCCUUUUAAUAAAUAAUUAUAUAAUAUAAAUGUUGGAAUAAUCAAUAAUAAAGUAAUAAAUAAUAAUGAUCUAAAGCCAGGCCACAACUUGCAGAGUGGAGACUGGAGUGGAGAGUGAAUGUAAUAUAUAUCUAGGGCCUACUUGUAUCAUAUAUGAGCCAUCUCGAUCUGGCGCUAAUUUUGUAUCUUAUUUUGAAUGAUGGAUAUGCGCUGAGCUUAAAUUAUAUCCUAUCCAUGAGGUCGGUCCAGUUUUUAAGAUCAAAUUUGUCGUCAAGAAGGGAAAGAUGGGGAUGAUUUGGAUAGAUAAGUCAGAAUGGGGGAAAUGAUUCAGUCUUUAGUUUUACUAUUGUGCAUCUUUGGUGAACUGAAAAUAGGGGAAGAGCUCCUGAAAAACAGAGCAACUUAUGCUGUCGAUUCUGUUUUCCUCUUCUUUCUUUCUUUCCUUUUUUUUUUUUUUUUCAGAAACCGAUUCUGUUUUCUGAUGAAGCUUGAUACAAAGUUUUUCUAAUUUCGGAUAAUGCCCCCCUCUAAUCAGUGGUUGAGGCAGGGUCUUUUGGCCUUGUCCUGGGACAUGGAAACAAAAAUAUAUAUAUAUAUAUUUAUAUUUUGACCUUGUCCCGGGACAUGGAACAAAAAUAUAUAUAUUUAUAUUGGUGAUGGACGUACUAUUAGAUUUGGGUGGAACAAAAAUACGUCAUAUAUAUUUAUAUUGGUGAUAGAACACAACACGUAUAAGUAGUAUUGAGUACUUUGUCACUACAACACAACUCAUUACUUGUCCAAAAUUGACAUAAAAUUAUUUCAAAAUUGACAUAAAAUUAAUUUAUUAUACAAUAAACGAAAUUCCAAUUG